AUGUACAGACUGACGGGCCAACCGAAACUAGCAGACAUUCUGAAUGACCGAUCGAGCGACAGACGGCUAGGCCAACAGACCGAUCUACAGACUGACCGAUCGACGGACAGACGAAUCAGAAUACCGACCUACAGCAAAAACCGACAUACAGACAUACAAACAGACCAUCAGAUGGACAAAUCAUAA